AUGGCAAUCUUGAAGAGCAUCCGACAAAAUUUUGAUCUCUCAUAUUUUGCCAAUGGUAAAAGAUCCCGAAAUAACUCCCACGCCAAGUAUAUCGAGUUAGCAGUGGGUUUAGACACCCCGAAAAUCAUUCUCCAAGGGUCAGAAAGUCAGUCUACCGGAUUUGUUGUCAAUGGACUGGUGAGUAUCAUAUCCAAGUCCCCAGAAAUCAUUGGGUCGAUCUCGGUUAGUAAUCUCAAAUUGGAAUUCAACCAAUUGGUGAAAUACUCUAAACCGUUUUUGUUCAAUGAUGGGGUCGUUGGGACUUGCAAGAAGUGCGGGAACAAGCGGAACACUAUUGUAAAGAAAAGCUUCGGAAUAAAUUCCGAUGAAGAGAAACUAAUAUGCUUAAACGACAACGAUAUCGUCAACUCAAUUCCGUUUUCAUUUUUAGUUCCUGGGGAUACCCCAGCAACCACGGUGCUAGGGGCUAAUAUGGAUACCUCAAUCCAUUAUGAAAUCAAAUGUAUUCUACAAUUCAAGGUUGUACCGACAAAAAGUGAAUCAGAUGAGCAACAAGAACAAGACGAAUUGAUAACCACAGAAUUCCCCAUAACCGUGGGCCGAAGUAUCUCGAAAACCCCGGACUUGGUGUACCUUCGGAAAUUCUCACAAACAGAUAUGGACGCCCGAAUAGUACUACCCAGUGUGAUUUACAGUAAAAGUGCUGUGCCACUCGAAUUGAUCAUUGAAGGAUUACAAAUAGUGAAAGACGGCAAAAUUGUUAGAAAAUGGAAACCGAAAAGCAUCAAGUGGAAGUUGAUAGAGUUUGUGGACAUUACAGAAGACCCAUGCCGUCAACACUUUGCAACCUUGGAGGAAUUGAAAACCCGAAUCAAUUUUGCUAAAAACCCUUGGAAAUUGCAAACAGACAAGUUCUCAACGUUGGAAGUCAUAAGGACCAAUAGGCUGCAGAACCAUGAUCUUACAAAUGAAGAAUACAGUGAGCAACCCGAGUUACUCUACGCUGCCAGCUCUGUAGAUGAUGAUGUUUUGAAUAGAAGUCAAGAUAAUGGGUUUUUCCACCCGUUAGAUCCCGAUAGACUACGUCACAAUUUCAGAGCCCAGCAGCAACCUAAGAAGGAAAAUCUAUUGUUGGUUUAUAGUGAUCAAAAAUUGCUAGCGUCUGGAGAAAUCAAAAAUGGAUGGAAAUCGGAGUACCAAACAGGAUCAACAGGUAAAAUACAUUUCGAGACGGCAUUGGAUACUGGCCACCUAUAUACCUGUGAUUCCGCUUCAUACUGGCCCAAAGUAUCCAAUGACACCAUGGAUGUAUUUAAAGAUAUCUACAACGAAGAUAUUGGCCACGCAAAUUGCUCGACUGAUAUCUCGGAUAACUGCAACGAGAAGCAACAUUUCUCGGUGUCACACCGGUUGUUUAUUGACAUUGAAAUCACGGAUGAGUAUGAGAAGAAGAAUCCAUUGUCUCAGAGCGUGAUGGCGAAGAUCAUGAAGAUGAAUUUCCCAAUAACUUUGACUGAAAGAAGUGGAGCAACGGUAGCAUGGGAUGAGGAAGUGCCUCCCACUUAUUCGAUAGUGAAGGGUCAGAUGCCACCACCCCAGUACACUGCUGUUUGA